GAGGCUGUCGCCACAGCUGUGCUCCGCUCUUUGUCGGUCCCAGCUUCGCGGCGCUGCUCUAUCCGGCAGAAGGAUACAAAGAGAGGGACGGACGACGUGAGAUAGAGGCAGAGCAUGAGAGCGACGGGGGCAGCGGAGGGACACGAGAAACCUAACCGGACUGCGGCGUAGUCCGGACACGGAUACUAUCAUCCCCGGACUGGACACGGAGCUCCGCCGAUGUACGCACUGGAUUUUACCCACCAAAGAGUGUCGAGACUGGGGGGAGAGGGGCGGACUUUAUCGCGCAGGACUGUCGGGGUUUAGGAGGGGAUCAUGGAUAAAACUUUGCACAUUCUCCAGAAAUCCGCAGACGGUGUGCCGACUGGGAUCUCGCUGGAUGUGAGCUUAAACAUGGACGAAGGGGAAGAUUUCACGGAGCAGCAGAUCGUGGGGCUUCCGGACAAAAUACCUCUGGUGAAACCUUAUUUCAAAAAGAAGCAGAGGAAACUGGACGCCAAAUGCCUCCACCGCGCCUUGGAGGAUCCCAUCCUGACCACUUUACUAAGCACAGACGCGCUGGUGUCCGGGGAUGGGGUGUUUGUUCCCCGGAACCAGCCGGGCCGGACUCCGGGCACCCUGUGCGCAGCGGCCGUGGUGAAACAGAACUGUAUGGGCCAGGUGUGUCUCAAAGACUCGGGAGCUGCUGACAAUGCCGCUGCUGGGGCUGGAGUACCGGGGCUGAUGGCCCGGGACGGUGAUGUGGAAAUAGCCGAUACUACUGCGGAGCUGGAGGAGACCGAGCGGCGAGGGGAGCGACCCAAGAUCACAGAUCCUACCCCCGACAGCCGCUGCUUUCAGCCGAAACCUGGCCUCAGGGCGGCCGGGAGCACAGUGACAAUAACGCCCCCCAGCAGGGAUAUACCUCCCAUUGUUGCACCACAGGCUCCUCACCAGGAGGGGCGCAUCAAAAGCAAUGACCUCUUACCCUCUGGGUCUAAAAACCUCCCAGUCAAAGACUGCACCGGCGUCCAGGACCCCCAUCCCCUCAUCCUGCAGCCCGACAAAGGAGUGCUGUUUCAGGAUAAAAGCGAAGAGGCCUCUCUGGACCUGGUUUUUGAGCUGCUCACCCAGCUCCAGUAUCACACGCACCAGUCAGACUCAGUGGACAUCUGUGUGGAUUUCCUCCAAGGACAGUGUGUUUAUGGCAACGACUGUGCCCACCACCACACCGUCCUGCCCUUCCACUGGCAGAUCCGCAGGAGCAGCAGUCAGACGUGGCAGAGCAUUGCAGACGACUCCCAGGAACAGCUGGAGAGACUGUACUGCAACCCGGACAAUGAGCAAGUCAGGCUCAAGUUUCAGGGCCGAGUGUUUUCCUUAGACUUUGGGGCGAUGCGAGUGUGCGACCUGGAGUUCGACCGCGUCCGACGACUGACCACCCCCGCCAGCCCGCUGCCCAUGCCCACAACGAACCCAAACCCCAACCCCAGCUGUCACACGGUGUGGAAGUACUACUGCAGAGACAACUUUGGCUGGAGGGAAUACUCUGAGCCGGUGGUGAAGCUCAUAGAGGAGGCGAGUUUGAGGGGCCUCAAGGAGGUGCGGUUCAUUACGCUCCAGAACCAGUACAUCCUCAACAUCAGGGAGGGUUUCCAGCAGAACGCCGUCUUCGGUUUCAGGCGUCAGAUCAAGAAGCGACCCAUGUUCAUGUCCUCUGUGAUGCUUACACCCCACCUACAGACUUUGGGCGGCCUCUCAUCAUCUCCCCUCCCCUGUUCCGCCACCUCUUCCUCCUCUUCCUCAUCCAUGGAUCUCUCGGCGUCGCAUCCCCUCUCGCCGACGACCACCAACCCACCCAGCCUUUUUCCUGAAACGUGGUUGCCCAUGACAAUGAGCCAGGACUUCCUGCAGGUGCCGGUCUCACGUGAAGACCGCAGCUACCGGACGGUGUACAGCCUUUUCCACAAGACGGUGUCGGAGACCAAGUUCAGGAUCAUCAAGAUCCAGCGUGUGCAGAACCCCUUCCUGUGGGAGAAGUACAAGAGGAAGAAGGAGUACAUGUCGCGACGUAUGUCAGAGAUGGACCGGCUGCUGAGCGAACGCCACCUCUUCCACGGCACCUCGGCCGACGUGGUGGAGGGCAUCUGCAAGCACAACUUCGACCCCCGGGUCUGCGGCAAGCACGCCACCAUGUUCGGCCAGGGCUCCUACUUUGCCCGCAAGGCCGUCUACUCCCACAACUUCUCCAAGCGCUCGCCCAAAGGAGUCCACUGCAUGUUCCUGGCCAAAGUCCUCACUGGCAGGUUUACUGUGGGAAAUCCCUCCAUGCGGCGGCCUCCACCCAUCAACCCUCGUGACCCCUCCAGUGACCUUUUUGACUCCUGUGUGGACAACUGGGUGGACCCCCAGAUCUAUGUCAUCUUCAACGACGACCAGAGCUACCCUUACUUUAUCAUUCACUACGAGGAGGUACCCAGCACUGUCGCUGUCUAAGCCCUGGAUCAGACCUGGAUCCGUCUGUAUUUGCACAUACUUUGUUAUAGUCUGUUGAGGUGUGAGAUGGGUGGAGUUUUCCACUUAGGAUGGAAAGGCACAGAAAUUUCUAUGAUGACUGUUGCUUUAACCAGCUCUACUGGAAUCACUUUGUUAGACUAAACUUCACCCAUCUGCUGCUCUAAACAGGUUAAAACAGUCUAAGACAUGUUUGCAAAUGCUCAGUGGUUUAGUUCUGCAGUCGACUGGGUCCGACCGGACUGGACUGCAGCGAGGAACAACAGAACGCAAAGGACGACACCUGUUUCAUCCAGUGUUCAGAGGUGGAUGAUAACCGACAACAGCUCAGCCACAACAGACUUGACUGGACUCAAACCAUUCUUUUUAUCCUGUGAAAACAGGAGCCUGGUGGUGAUCACAGGACACAAGAGGAUUUUAUCGACCUUAUUGAUCUGGAGCAGACGCAGAAAAAACCAAACCCAGCCCUCUUCUCAUUUUGACGUAGUCGUCGGCUGUACAUGAACUCAGUUCCACAUCAGGAGGAACGCUGUAGUGGACAGUUAGCGACCUGCCAGUACUGUGAAUGACCAACUGGCCGUAUUAUUCUGAGGAAGCAGCAGCCAACCAACCAAACGCUUCUAUAGAGAAACCAUGGCGACACUGACCCCCGUCAUUCUCUUACAAAAAUCAUAGUGAGUGUUUACCCCGCCUCCGGCCCAUGCAUUUUUUUUUUCCAAGUCUAUGUGCUGCGUGUUUGAAUCUUUUCAUUUAGUGGACAUGAAUCUUGUGGCCUCUUCAAACAGACAAUGGACAUGAGUUUCAGUGGGACUUCUACAAACGGACAUCCACAUAUUGUAAACCUCCAGGCAGAGGUUUCCCAUGAAGCCGGUGUUGUUCCCGGUUGGCGUUUUUGCCUUCGCGCCCACCGCUCUAGUUCCUCGCAGGGGAUUGAAGAGUGUACAGUUUCACGCUGAGACUCUGUGCUGCAGCUGCAGCGGCGGCGGCGGCGCUGUAGCGUUUUGACAACAAACCCCCUGAAACUCAUCUCUCUUGGACCGCUCUCUCGCUUGGAGACAGUAGACUUGUUUUAUCGAGACAAACUGUACAGACGUUCUCUUUGUUUAUAUUUGAACUGUGUGCCUUUGUUCAUAAAAAUUUUAUUUAUGUUAGUUUAAUGUAACAUUGAUUAAAUAAAGAAUCUAAAAGGAAAAAUGA